UCGACGCGUCGACGCACGCCACACGCUUCCGAGCACCCACUCAAGAAUACACAGCGACAAUGGCCGACGAAGGCGAAGUCUCCGCGCUCGUGUGCGAUAACGGCUCCGGGAUGGUCAAAGCCGGCUUCGCGGGCGACGACGCCCCGCGCGCCGUCUUCCCCUCCAUCGUCGGUCGCCCGCGGCACCAGGGCGUCAUGGUCGGCAUGGGCCAAAAAGACGCGUACGUCGGCGACGAGGCGCAGUCCAAGCGCGGCAUCCUCACGCUCAAGUACCCGAUCGAGCACGGCAUCGUGACGAACUGGGACGACAUGGAGAAGAUCUGGCACCACACGUUCUACAACGAGCUGCGGGUAGCGCCGGAGGAGCAUCCAGUGCUUCUCACCGAAGCGCCGCUUAACCCGAAGGCGAACCGCGAGAAGAUGUGCCAGAUCAUGUUCGAGACGUUCAACGUUCCGGCGAUGUACGUCGCGAUCCAGGCGGUGCUGUCGCUGUACGCGUCCGGUCGCACGACGGGCAUCGUCCUCGACUGCGGCGACGGCGUCUCGCACACGGUGCCGAUCUACGAGGGCUACGCGCUGCCGCACGCUAUCCUUCGCCUCGACCUCGCCGGGCGCGACCUCACCGACUACCUCAUGAAGAUUCUCACCGAGCGCGGGUACUCGUUCACGACGUCCGCGGAGCGCGAGAUCGUGCGCGAUAUCAAGGAGAAGCUCGCGUACGUCGCGCUGGACUUUGAGAACGAGAUGCAAGUCGCGAACGGGUCGUCGAGCCUCGAGAAAUCGUACGAGCUCCCCGACGGUCAGGUGAUCACCAUCUCGGACGAGCGAUUCCGUUGCCCGGAGGUGCUCUUCAACCCGUCCAUCAUCGGCAUGGAAUCCGUGGGUAUUCACGAGACGACGUACAACUCCAUCAUGAAGUGCGACGUGGACAUCAGAAAGGAUCUGUACAGCAACAUCGUGCUGUCCGGCGGGACGACGAUGUUCCCGGGCAUCGCCGAUCGCAUGUCGAAGGAGAUCACGGCGCUCGCGCCGUCGUCGAUGAAGAUCAAGGUGGUCGCGCCGCCUGAGCGGAAGUACUCGGUGUGGAUCGGCGGGUCCAUCCUCGCGAGCCUGAGCACGUUCCAACAGAUGUGGAUCGCGAAGAGCGAGUACGACGAGUCCGGUCCGUCCAUCGUGCACCGCAAGUGCUUCUGAGCGACGGGCGACGACGAACGACGUGAGCAGCCGCGAAAGCCGCGCGGUGGCGACGACGACGCGAAGAGAGAGGCGGGCGUUUUACAGCCGUUCGGCGCGACGACGGAUGGAUGAAAUACGCGGCGGCGGCGGCGCGCCCGCCGAGAGGGAAGGGUAGGGGAAACCUAGUUAGGGAUGAUAUACGUAUAUGCAAGAUUGAGCGAGCUUUGUUUUGGUUUGUUUUGUCCG